CUUCGAAACAAUCGUUCACGGCUUCAAGUUAUGGCUCGUUUCCGUGCAUACUCCAGUGAUGACGACUCUAGUAGUGACGACGGAUCUGAUACUGCGCCGAUAAAUCUCAAGGCUGCGCAAUCUUUUACUGCCCUUUCGGACGACGACAUGGAUGAUGAGGAAGAGGAGGAAGAAGAGGAGGAGGAGGAGGAGGAAGAGGCAGACGACGAUGACGAUAAAGGAUCGACGAGCUCGGGAUCUUCAGAGAUGCGAGAAGAGGAUCUUUUUCCGCCGCGGCGACGGAAAGAGGCGCUAGUCGAAGACGAGGAUGGUGAAUACCAGCAGGUCAGAGACGACGGCCUGCCACUCCCAACGGUGUCCUCAAGACUGGGCCUUGACGCGCAACGGAUACAUGUCAUGCAAACCUCUUUUUUUCGCGUGCCAGAAGAAGCAGAGAAUAUCCGUGCAAUGAUGCAGGACGUUCCACAGCCGGCUCUACGCGCACAGAAUACUCUAAAUCGGAAACAUAGCCGUGAUUCUGACGGUGAAGGGCUGAGAUUCGAGUCCAGAGAGCGCGCUUCUUUCGCGCACGAUAUCGAACCGCCAGCUUACCGCCCGUCGCGAAAAUAUGCAAGAGUCGAGAGUUCAGCGUCGGUCUUUGAUGGCCAUGAGGAUGCCUCAGUGGAUGCGGGACUGGCAUUCGGGCGCUCGUUUCGAGUGGGUUGGGGUCCUGGUGGCACAUUGGUUCAUCUGGGCAGCCUUGCUGGACCAGCUUCCACAUCAAAAUCUACUUCAAACUCCUCAACAAUACACAAAACUCGAGUUCCGUUCUUUUCCAAACCUGCCUCUCCGCAUUCCUUAUCUUCCUAUGACCUGAGUACUAAACUCUUGCAACACCAUCUAUCUCAUUCGCCUAUAGCCCCAGAUGAUGCUGGUAUACCAUUUGCCGACCCUACAUCCCCGAAUCUGCAUUUCGCCUCAUUCGCGUCUCUCUUCCCAACGACAGAUCAUUCUUACGAAGCCACGCUCUUCCGGUUAGGCCAGGCUCUAUUUGACCUCCUGGACCUUCGGCUUGGGUCCGAUAUCACCGUCGAUAUCAAAAACCGCGUUUCGGCACUGGCACGGAAAGCUGCUCUGACCGCAUGGCUGGAGCACACUGUGGCACCCACAGUCGACUCUGAAUUACGCGUCCCGGGAACAAGCGCUACCGCACGUGUAUGGACGUUAUUGACAGGAAACCAAGUCGAAAAAGCAUGUGAGGCGGCAAUGGACGCUGGUUAUGUCAAGCUUGCAACACUCGUGUCGCAAGCCGGCGGAGAAUUCGAAUUCCGUGAGGAUGUGAAGGAGCAGAUUGAGCUGUGGCGGACAGAGCACGUCGAUGUACACAUUGAUGAAUACAUCAAACGAGUGUACGGAUUGCUGGCGGGAUUAGCAGAUGUAAAGAAUUUGGAUUGGAAACGCGUCUUUGGGAUGCACCUGUGGUUCAAUGAACCGAUAGAUGCACCCAUUGGGGAAGUAUUCCGGGCAUUUGAACGUUCUGUCACCUCGUUGCCGAUGACCAAGGAUGGUCGUCCGGAUGGUCUGUUUUCGAUCUUAAGAUUGUUCGCGGAUCCCGCAUGUUCGCUGACGCGAGUGUUGGAUCCAGCGUCGUUUGGGUCGUCCCGGAUCGAUUACACACUUCCUUGGCAUUUGUAUAUCAUCCUGUCACGGUGUAUGCGUGUCAGAGACUUUUCGGAUCGAGGUGAUCCUGGUGGAUGGCAUAACGAGGAUACAGAGGCGGAAGAGGAAGUCCGGGUAGAUGGACAUAGUCCUACAGCGGAUUUAGUGACGAGCAUGUACGCGGGCCAGCUUGAACAGAUCGGGCUUGUACAGGAAGCUGCAUUUGUUUUGUUACAUAUUGAAGGGUCUGCCGGCCGGGAAAAGGCCAUCAAAGACCUGUUGGCACGGUCUGCUCACUUACUGGAUGACUGGAUGGUCCGUGGCUUGGUGGGGAGUUUGAAACUGCCUAUGGUCUGGGUGCAAGAGGCACAGGCAAUCUACGCCCUCCAUCAAAACUCGCCGUUCGAAGCCUAUGAACUGUAUCUUUCGGCCAGGCUGUACAACCCAGCACAUGAUAUUGCCGUGGCAGAGCUCGCACCCGAGGCUGUUGUAAGGAAAGACUUGGAACUCCUCAAGACCAUGUUUGGGCGGUUCCGUGGCCAUGCUGUCGAUGGCUGGAGCAUCCGAGGAAAGCUAUUCGUCGACUAUGCAAACGUUCUUACACGGUUACCAGAAUUGUAUGACGAUGAAAGCACGAGUGCGGAGAAGACUGAGGAGAUUGAGACGUUGACGCGUACCGGAGCAAGGCUAGUCGGACUCCUGCCAGAUGCGCUGGACGGGCGGAACAAAGAGGCCUUGACAAUAAUGCUGGAUGCAUUGGUGAAGGUGGUAGACAGGGAGAAACCGGGUGCCAUAACUCAACUCCACCAUAUUGAUGGGACUACUCGAAUCCAGCAUAUACGCGCGACUGGCGUGAAAAGGUUUUUGAAAAGCAUACAAGUUAAUUAGGUUGGAUAUCCUCGGUGAUUUUAUUCCCUUUUGUCUAGUAAUUUAUCAAUCAUAGUGUAAUCACUUUUUGCCCGUUAUGAUGAAUUACGCAGGCGCACCGACCUCGCGCAUGGGGUAUACGGUGGACAAAGGGCGAUAAGAAAUAUAUACAUCCAUCCAAACAUUUUCGCCCUUUCAUGCAGCAGCGGCAACGAAUACGUAUCGGCAGACCAUGGAAGGCUUGUUUUUUUCCGAUAUAAAUACAAUGAUAUGUGUACUCUAGAAUAUAUGG